AUGGAGCAAAUAUAUGCUUUUGGUGUCGCCUGCAUAGAGGUCAUACAAUACUGGUUGGCGGACUAUGACGGAUUCUUCGAGCUGGUGAACAAGGUAUUUGAUCCGGAGCAUAUGAUAGACAUCCUGUUCCCGUUGAUGACGAUCAUAGACUCCGUGUUUGCCGCUCAACUGUUACUGUGCCUUGCUUUCGGUGGCUGGCUGAACGCUGUUAUGAAAUGGUGGUUCCUAGAAGACAGGCCGUACUGGUGGGUCAGGGAGACCACAUUUUAUCCGUCAUCCAGUAGACCGGUGCUUAGGCAGACGUUGCAGACUUGUGAGACUGGCCCGGGCAGUCCCUCGGGACAUACUAGUACGGCUGCCAUGAUCCUUAUACUGAUUCUCAUGUGGCUAUCACAUGUUAUGUAUGAUCGUAAACAAUGGUGCUUCUGGUGGUGGAAGUCCGUGAUGUAUCCAUUCUGCGGCUUGGCGCUCAUCUCCGUGAUACUGGCGCGCAUCUUCAUCGCCACGCAUUUCCCACACCAGUGUCUUAUAGGGGCACUUGUUGGUGCCUUCGUUGCGCCAGCUCUCUGUAUUUACAUCUCAGACCCCUUCAUAUGGAGGUAUGGGAUCCAUGCGACGUACGAAACUAGACGAGCGGUAGCGUGGCACGUCUUAGGCGCUGUAACAACAAUUAUAGUAGCUGGUCUCACGUAUCUAAGUUUAUUAUGGUGCGGUUUAGACCCACAGUGGACUGUGAAAUUGGCGUUCCGUUGGUGUGAGAAUCCGGAAUCUAUCAGAGUGUCAACGACCCCAUUAUACGCACUAGUACACGCGACGGGGAGCUUACUUGGAUGGGCGCUCUGUGUUACACCUGCUGUGGCUGAGUACAGACAUUACACAAAAAAUAGGUCGCUGGUUAUAUCGGCUUUUACAACAAUAACUAUGCUAGUAGGUUUCCAACAUAUACAAGAUAAUAUUUGCAAGUCGGACGCCAUGAAAUUUUACGCGUCUCUUUUCGUACUGUCGGCCAUAAAACCCAUGUUGUUAUUAAGAGUAACUCCAGCCACCGCUAUGUGGCCUUUUCGAGGAUCUAAGACUAAAACAGAUUAA